AGCUGUGACUGACAUUUAGGAAAGCAGAGCACACAGACUAAAAUGUUAGACUGACACACCUACUGUCUGGAACUUCUUGAUUCGUUUUGAAGUCUGGAGGCGACUUCAACGGAGAAAUGUUUGUGGCACUAUAGAAAACAAUUCUGAAAUUUAGGGUUAUUGCAUAGCUGUGAUUGGGCCUGUGCACCCAAAAACAAAAGGCAGGAAAAGAACAAAACUUUUUCCAUAGACUUCGAAGAAGGCCUGAGUGUAACAGGCCAAAAAAAGAUGACGGAAAAUGACAGGUGCACAACUGUGGAGAAAUAUGUCGGUGAGAUUAAAGGAGGACUAAGGCCAACCAUGAAAAUCACUAUCAUGGGGGUAAUAUGCCCUUCCCCCAAGAGUUUUUCAGUGACUUUGCUCUGUGACCCCAUGGAUGCCAGUCUGGACAUUGGGCUGUUGCUUGCAGUCAGCUUUCUUGAGAAAUCCAUUGUCCGGAAUUCACGGAUUGCUGGGAAAUGGGGUAAAGAGGAAAAGACCAUUCCCUACUUCCCAUUUACAGCAGGGGAGUCGUUUAAGAUGGAGCUCUUGUGCGAGCAUCAGCAGAUUCGGGUCUUGCUUGAUGGACGUCAACUCUGCAGUUUCACUCACCGCAUACAGCCUAUGCAAAGGGUGACAGCUUUACAAAUCUCCGGAGACGUCAAGCUCACCAAGGUGGCUUGAAGAAAAGAAUAUAUAAUCCCAUGUCUCCCCUUGGUUGCUGAAGAAAUGUUCUCCCUAUGCCAUUGGAUGUUGUUCUUUACUUUUGCUCUUAUGUGUGCUUCUUGAGAUUUUAAAUGAAGGCCGAGCUCUAUAAAUAGCCCUGUUAUACCUUGAUAUGUUGCAGCAAUA